AUCGUCGAUUGGUUCGUGCUCGUAACACAGCUAGAAUUAUCCAGCAGUUGAAAAAUUUUCAUUGUACUUUCCGUAAUAACAAAGGACAAACAAAAAACCGCUCCCAACCGAUUUCAGUUAAACAGUUACAAACAGCAGCAAAGCAAGCACAAAAUAAAACUUAUUAAUCGCACGCGACCCAACGCACCAGAUCGCGCGAACUUCGUUUCAAGCUCCAGCUGCAGCCAGGCAAGUGCAGCUAGAAAAAAGUGUGGCAAUACUUUGCGGAUAUCUACAGCAAGAACAACAACAAACAUCAACACAUCACGGCGAGAGCUGCAGCAACAACGGCAAACGUGGGAUAAAGCAUACAAUUUGAAUUGCAGAUCGUCAGACGUCGCUUUCGCCAAACGGAAAUGUCUGCGGCACGUUUACCCUAUUACCAACAGCAGCAGCAGUCCGGUGAGCAUCAGCAGCGGCGUGGCGGGGGACAACGUUGCGUUGGCUAUCAGGAUCGUAGUAGCAGUCGACGCAGCGAACGUCGCUAUAGCCGCAGUCGUAGUCGCAGCCGGAGUCGCAGUCGCUCCUUGGAGCGCCAGCGUCGUCGUCAUCAUUAUCAGUCGCAGCACCAGCAUCGUCAUCGUAGAGAUUCACGUGAUCGCCAGAAGGAAUGGGACAGGGACUAUUCGAGACGCAGUUAUUAUCAACGAGAGAGUCGCACUCCAAGUCCAACGUCGUGUUCCUCCGCCUCCACUUCAACAGGAGCAGGAGCAGGAGCAGGAGCUGCAUCAGCACGUCGGGCCCAUGGUAAUGGAGGCAAUAAAAUGAACACCAAGGAUAAUACAAUGUCCGCCGUGGGCGCCUAUUACAAUCUCGAUACGGAUGAGCCAUUCGAUAAGGAGCGUAUACAUCGUGAAAUCGAAGCAAAACUACGCGAGACACUCGCACGCGAAGGCAAAGUGUAUCCACCGCCGAAGCAAGAGGCAUCGCAUCCCGUUUUUGCCAACGAUGGCUCCUUCAUGGAGCUUUUCAAGAAGAUGCAGGGUCAACAAGAAAAGCAGCAGCAGCAGCAGCCAACAGCAGAUGUAGCUGCGUCAGCUUCACCAGCCAUUACAGCCCCUUUAGCAGUAGCCGCAGCUAAUGCCAAAGCAGGAGUUGCCCUUCGCGAUCAGCCACAGUCGCUGUUGGAGCCCAAUCCAGUUAUCAGUCCAUUUGGUGCUCUGCCAGCGAUUGCUGCAGGCGCUGCCAGUACACCAGCUGCGCCAUAUAUAGCCGCUGCAGCGACUGGCAAAUCGGCGCCGCCGCCACCAAUGGUUGGACGUCGACGUGGUGGCAAAAUCUUAAAAACGGGCGUCGUUGCCAAAUUGAAGACACCCAGCGAGAGAGAUGUGGACCCGAAAGACUUUUGGUCAUUGUAUUUGGCUGAAGUAAACAAGUACAAGAGCAAUGCCUGCGAUACGGACAAUGGCAAAAGACCGCUGGUCAAAUAGUCUACGAAACACAUUCACAUACACCUACAUCUACAUAACCCCAUACACACAUAUAUAUAUAUGCAGGUGUACGCACAACAAACGAAAAUAUGAACUUGAACGCAGGCAAAACACUAAUCACAAAAUGCAAUAAGCACAACCAACAUAAUUAAUUGGUUGCCAAAAAUACAAUCAGCUAUAUAUAUGGUUAAGAGUUUGAUACGAAUAGGCAAGCAAAUCUCCUUUGCUAUAUAUACUAACAGACUUUGUAUGCAACUUGCAACACAUCUAAAUGAUGGGGAUAAUCUGAAAAGAAACAUAAUUAGUAGAUAAGAAGUACAGUAUAAUCUGAUAUAUAUAUAUCAAUAUUUAGAUUAAGCGCUAGAUUGUACGGAUUUCUAUAUUUAAAUACUAUAUAUCUAAAGAUAAAGCUCAGCUCAUAGUGUGUGUAAUUACUUAUAAAGCAAACAGAGUGCAGAAUUUUGUAUGCCUUAUAUAUCUCUCUAUCUCUCUCUUUUAUCUUUCCCUAUUUAACGCGCUCGAUUGAAAUGAAAUUCGACUUGCAUUGAAUUGCGACUUUUAUGAAAUCAUUAAUUAUUAUUAUUGCUAUAUUAUUAUUAUAAUAUACAUUUUUAUAUGAUUAAUUUACAUUUAACUAUAUCAUUACACCUAUUUCACCUACAUUUUUCUCUUCGCUCUCUCCCCUUGUUACAUGUCUUUCAUCUCUUUGUUUCAUACCGUCUAUUUCAAUAUUUAUCUCUCUAUCGACAUGGACUCUGCCUCGCUCUGUCUGUGAUAUUUCCUUCCUUGUCAAUGUUGACUAUAUACGAUAUAUCUCUAUCUGCCCUUCACUAUUCCUUACUGUAUAAUCAUCCCAUACCAAAUCUAACUUUAAACCUCAACUAUUAUCUAUUAUAAUAUUUUCUUUCUGACUACUUUGACUCUCCAUUUCUGUCUAUAUUGACUUGCCUCUCUUUCUUCAAACCCGCUCUCUCUCUCUCUCUCUCUCUCUCUCUCUCUCUCUCUCUCUUUCUCUACUCCUACCUCUGAUAUUGUGCCCCCACACUCUGUCUCUAUGCUUUCAUUAUUUUAUCAUUUACCACUCAAUUCAUCACUUUUUGUUGGCUUUUCAUUCGUUGUUCGUUGUUUUUGGGUUUGUUUUGUUUACUCUAAAAGUCCGUUUAUGCAAUUUUUCAUGUCGAAAU